GUGACUAUUUCUCCAUGGAAGUUUUUCACUCCACCUUUUCGCAACCGAAUCGACUUAUAAAUAUCUUUGUGUAACUUAUAUUCUGAGUCUUCGUCUCCAUCUUAGUUUGGUCACAUUACUCUUCUUCAGAUCGAUUUGUAUCGACAACUAGACGUGUUUUUGUUGAAACAUUUUUUGGGAACCAAAGUAAAACCAAAAUUUAAUCUUCUGACCAAUUCCCAUUCUUUUGUGCUUUAGUGAAGAUGGAUUCAAAACAAUUUCGUGAAGCUGCCAAACAACUUGUUGAUUAUAUUUGUGAUUAUCAUGACAAUAUACGAGAUCGCGAUGUUUUGCCAGCCGUUCAACCAUAUUUUCUUGAGAAACAAAUGCCUGGCUCAGCACCAGAAAAUGGUGAACCAUGGACAUCCGUGUUCAAUGAUAUUGAAAAGUUAAUUAUGCCUGGGAUGACACACUGGCAUUCGCCUCGAUUUCACGCUUAUUUUCCAACAGCCAGCUCUUAUCCAGCCAUUUUAGCCGAUAUGUUAAGCGGAGCUUUGGGCUGCGUAGGCUUUAGUUGGAUUUCAAGUCCGAUCUGUACUGAGCUGGAAAUGUCCAUGAUGGAUUGGCUUGGUAAAAUGCUUCAUUUACCAUCUGAGUUUCUCUUUUCCUCUCAUGGCAAAGGCGGUGGAGUGAUUCAAGAGGCUGCAAGUGAAUCUACUUUAAUCUGUAUGCUGGCAGCUCGAAGUAGAGCGAUAACAAAAUACUCUUCCUCUUCUUCACCAAAAAACAAAUCACCUUUGAACAAGUUAGUCGCUUAUUGUUCAACUCAAGCCCAUUCAUCGGUAGAAAAGGCUGCCUUAUUAAGUGCAGUAAAAAUUCGCAGUCUAGAUCCAGACACGAAUCUUUCUUUGCGCGGAGAGACACUGGAAAGGGCGAUAAAAGACGACAGGGAAAAAGGAUUGAUCCCAUUCUUUGUUGCUGCCUCAUUAGGAACAACCAAUAGCUGUGCAUUUGAUAACAUCAUUGAAAUUGGCCAAAUAUGUCAAAAGGAAGAUAUUUGGUUACAUAUCGAUGCAGCUUAUGCCGGUUCAGCUUUCAUUUGUCCUGAGUAUCGCCAUUAUCUCAAUGGAGUUGAUAAAGCUGAUUCCUUCAAUAUGAAUCCACACAAAUGGCUUUUAGUAAACUCUGAUUGUUCUGCUUUAUGGGUUAAAAAUUUAAAUUUGAUUAGCGAUGCUUUCAAUGUUGAUCCAGUUUACUUGAAAUAUGAUAAACAAGGGCAAAUCCACGAUUUUCGGCAUUUGCAAAUAGCAUUGGGUCGUCGAUUCCGUUCAUUGAAAAUGUGGUUCGUUUUCCGACUUUAUGGACUCAAUGGGUUACAACAAUUCAUAAGAAAACAUAUAAGGUUGGCUUCUGAAUUCAAAAUGAUGCUCCAAACUGAUCCAAGGUUUCAAAUUGAACAACCUGUUGUACUUGGUUUGGUCACUUUUAGGUUAAAGGGUUCCGAUGAACUGAAUAAGAAGUAUGCUAAAGCAAUAAAUGACCGAAGGAAAAUACACAUAUCUCCAUGUAGUAUAAAUGGCCGUUACACUCUUCGAUUUGUUGUUUGCUCUCGCCACACUGAACUUGAAGAUAUAAAAUUUUCUUGGAAUGAAUUCAAGACUGUUGCUGAUCAGUUUCCCAUGGAAAAUGGAUUUGCCAAUCAUUAAUAAAAGCUCAGUAAUAAUGUAAAGCUUAGUGAAAAAGUAUUGGGAAUUUCAACAAAUUUUAGCCAUGAAAUUCAAAGACCACUCGAUGAUUCUGAUUCUCUUUGGCGAUUCAUUGUGAAAACUCAAUUUCAAUAUUAUAUUUAAGAUACAUUAUUCAGUUUGUGAAAACUCGCAAUGAAUUUUUUCCCUUUUGAUGAUCUAGAGUAUGAUGAUUUACUGAUCAAUUAAGAAAUUUCUGUCAGAAUUAGAGUCGAAGUGAGUUAUCUAUUUUGGAUUGUACUAUCAAAUGAUCGUGAUUCAAAAUUAAAAUAAAUUUUCCCAAUAA